AUGCUAAUCGUCCAAGACCUCAGAACGAAGCAACGAUACUGGAAGACGUCCGAACCUGGCAAGAACGACUUCGGCCCCGGUCAGAUCAUCAUGAAAUUCGGCGAGCAGCUCCGCACGAGCGUGAUUAAGGAGUAUCAAUGGUACUAUAUCGCCUAUGACGAGCUUAAGCAGCAGCUGAAGACGGACUGGGCGACGCCGCCCUCGAAAUCGAAUCCGAAGGGGAAGAGAAAGGAGUGGACGGAGGACGACGAGAGUAAAUUUAUUGGCAGACUAGAGCAGGAGUUGGAUAAGGUGCAUACGAAGCAGAAGGUUAAGGCGAUUGAAAUCUCGAGACGGAUUGCUGCCAGUGAGAAGGAGGUUGGGGAUGUGGUUGCUAGACUCGACAAUAGGGGACCUGUUGGCAGAGAUGGUAAUGCGCAGAACGAUGAUGCUCCGACUGAGGAGGAGUUCAUGAUGUUGGAGGAGGAUUUGAGUGAUAUCAUUGCAGAUGUGCAUGACCUUGCCAAGUUCGUGUCGUUGAACUAUACUGGGUUCCAGAAAAUCAUUAAGAAGCAUGAUAAACAAACGAAAUGGAUGCUCAAACCGGUUUUCGCGACGAGACUAAAGGCCAAGCCUUUCUUCAAAGAUAACUACGAUGCAGAUAUUGUCAAGCUGUCCAAGCUGUAUGAUAUUGUUAGGACGAGAGGAAACCCAGUGAAGGGCGACAGUGCUGCCGGUGGAAGCCAGGGCAACUUCAUUCGAAAUACUACUAAGUAUUGGGUGCAUCCAGACAACAUCACUGAGGUCAAGCUCAUCAUCUUGAAGCAUCUACCAGUCCUCGUUUUCAAUGCCAACAAGGAAUUCGAACCAAAAGACUCUGCCAUUACCUCCAUCUAUUAUGAUAACCCCGAGACGUGGGAUUUAUACGAGGGUCGAUUGAAGAAGUCUGAGGGUGCAGAGGCUAUACGUAUGCGUUGGUACGGUGAUGUCGAUACCGAGACGAUCUUCGUUGAACGCAAGACGCAUCGUGAAGAUUGGACUGGAGAGAAGUCUGUGAAGGCUCGCUUUAACAUCAAGGAGAAGAAUAUGAAUGCGUACCUAAAAGGCGACCUUCUACCUGAAGCACUUUUCGAGAAAGCUAGGAAAGACGGCAAGAAAUCCGCCAAGCAAAUCGACGAGGACGAGAGACUUGCAAAGGAGAUCCAGUAUUCGGUCAUCCAGAAAGGUUAUAAACCAGUCUGCCGCUCGUUCUACAAUCGUACCGCUUUCCAGCUCCCAGCUGAUGCAAGAGUUCGAAUUUCUUUGGAUACCGAACUCACAAUGGUGCGAGAGGAUAACCUUGAUGGCAGACAACGUUCGGGUGACAACUGGAGACGAAUGGAUAUCGGUAUCGACUAUCCCUUCUCUCAACUCCCUGCUGAGGACAUUGAGCGGUUCCCAUAUGCUGUUCUCGAGGUCAAACUGCAGACACAAGCAGGUCAGGAGCCUCCAGAGUGGGUUCGAGAAUUGAUUGCUAGCCAUUUGGUAGAAGCGGUCCCCAAAUUUUCGAAGUUCAUUCACGGCACAGCUACUCUCUUCCCUACUCGUAUUAAUUUACUACCCUUCUGGAUGCCUCAGAUGGAUGUCGACAUCCGAAAACCUGUUACUCAACACUUUGGAAUUCGUCGACCAGGCCAUUCAGCGCAAAGCAGCACGAGUGAUGACGAUGAGGACGAUGAGGACUCCGACGACGAACAAUAUGUCGAAGAAGGUGAAGGUUCACAAUCUAGCACUGCCUUGGGUAGUUCAGAUGAGAAUUUGAAUCGUCUUCGCGAAGCACGGGAGAUUGAAAAUCGUGCCCCAGGCAAUGAACUGGACAUCGAGGAACAAAUGGCUGCCCAACCACUGGAUGAUGAAGAUGAACCUCUUUACGACUCUGACGAUGAAGACAACGAGUCAGAUAAGAUUGCGGAGGCACGACAUUCUGGUAGUUGGAUGUACUAUCCUCUUCUGAUGAAGAAGCAUGCGAGAAUGGCUGGUCAACACAUCAUUCGCACUGUUGAUUCUAUGCGCAAACCAAAUCCUGUACCUAGGAAUGGAAUGAUAUCUGCACUCGGCAAUGGCAAGAUUACAAGCAAGAAGUUCAAGGCACCAAAAGGCAAGAAGAUACACGUUCCAGUGAGGGUAGAACCAAAAGUGUACUUCGCCGCUGAACGAACAUAUUUGUCAUGGAUUGAGAUCUCAGUGUUUAUCGCCUCUGCUGCGACGCUCCUCCUAAAUUUUGACCAUCAACCAACUGUCGGCGCCCUGAUCGGCUCGGGCAUGUUCACCCUGAGUGCCAUUGCGUCCUUGAUCUAUUGCAUGGCUAUAUAUGUCAUCAGAAGCAGAGCUAUCAGGUCAAGAAAAGCGAUUAAAUACCAUGACAGUGUUGGGCCUUCGGUUAUUGCGUUCCUGUUCUUGGCUGCUUUUGUAAUCAACGUUAUAGUUCAAGCACAUGCUAGGGGUUAUAUCCAGAUGAGUUGGUUGGAUUAG